UCCUUUUUUUCUAGGCUUUAACUGCCUUUUCUUCCCCGUGACAUACCGAUACCCCCGAUCCUAAGUGUUGUCAGACGACACGCGCCUCGCGCCCAAUCUUCCUCCGCUCAACACAUCUUCCCAACAGAACCCCGCCACUUUCGUUCGCGGAAAAUCCAUCAACAUGUCUCACGAAGAGGAUCUCAUUGAUUACUCCGACGAGGAGCUCCAGACCACCGACGCGGCGGCGACGACCGCUGCCCCCGCCGCUAAUGGUGAUGCUGCCAAGAAGGGCGAUCUGACUGUCUCCGGCGGCCGCCCUGACAAGAAGGGCAGCUAUGUCGGUAUUCACUCGACUGGUUUCCGCGACUUCCUGCUCAAGGGAGAGCUUCUCCGUGCCAUCACCGAUUGCGGUUUCGAACAUCCAUCGGAGGUCCAGCAAGUGUGCAUCCCUACUGCCAUCCUGAACGUUGAUGUUCUUUGCCAAGCCAAGUCUGGUCUGGGAAAGACCGCUGUCUUCGUCCUGACCACUCUUCACCAGCUUGAGCCUGUGCCCGGCGAGUGUUCCGUGCUUGUCAUGUGCCACACUCGUGAGCUGGCCUACCAGAUCAAGAACGAGUACGCUCGCUUCAGCAAGUACCUUCCUGACGUGAAGACUGCCGUCUUCUACGGAGGCACUCCCAUCCAGAAGGACGUCGAAGUGCUUUCGAACAAGGAGACCUACCCCAACAUCGUUGUGGGUACCCCUGGCCGUCUGAAUGCUCUGGUUCGCGAUAAGAAGCUGUCUCUGCGCAACGUCAAGGCGUUCGUUCUUGACGAGUGCGACAAGAUGUUGGACCAGAUCGACAUGCGCCGCGAUGUGCAGGAGAUCUUCCGUGCGACCCCUGCCGACAAGCAGGUCAUGAUGUUUAGCGCCACUCUCUCCCAGGAGAUCCGCCCCAUCUGCAAGAAGUUCAUGCGUAAUCCUCUCGAGGUCUACGUCGACGAUGACACCAAGCUCACCCUGCACGGUCUGCAGCAAUACUACAUCAAGCUGAGCGAGGCGGAGAAGAACCGCAAGCUCAACGAUCUCCUCGACAGCCUGGAGUUCAACCAGGUGAUCAUCUUCGUCAAGAGCACCCUCCGUGCGAAUGAACUGGACAAGCUUCUGCGCGAAUGCAACUUCCCCAGUAUUGCCGUGCACUCUGGUGUUAGCCAGGAGGAGCGUAUCAAACGGUACAAGGAGUUCAAGGAGUUCAACAAGCGGAUCUGCGUUGCGACCGACGUUUUCGGCCGUGGUAUCGAUAUCGAACGUAUCAACCUGGCCAUCAACUACGAUCUGCCCGCCGAUGCCGAUUCGUACCUGCACCGUGUCGGCCGUGCGGGCCGUUUCGGUACCAAGGGUCUGUCGAUCUCCUUUGUGAGCAACGAGGACGAUGAAAAGGUCCUCAAGGAGAUUGAGAAGCGAUUCGAAGUCGCUCUCCCCGAAUACCCCGAGGGCGGUGUUGACUCGAGCACCUACAUGGCGUAAAGCGCUGCCCACGUACAUGAAGAGCACCGACUGGUGUUCCGGAUGGUCAAACACGUUCUCUCUGUCUGUCUUGUUGCAUUUUCAUCUCGUGAUUAUGUUUUAAUGUUAUUAUUAUUUUUUUUUGGGGCGUGAUGGCGAUUUCAGAGGAAAGAAAAGUCAACCGGUCGCCUCAUCCGUUGAAUACCGUGUAACUACCGUAGUGUACCACUUGUAGAGUAAUCUUCCUUCAGGUUCUACAUAUUGUGUAUGUAGUAGUGAAUUUCGGGGAUCAGGAAGGGUAGCUACUGCUGCUACCUACACCAGUCUCAGCAUGCCCAGUCCAGUGCCCAGUCGAGUGCCCAGUCCCUUAUGGAUCCGCCCAGAGCCUAACCAGAGGUUGACGUCUCCAUUGUCCGAGCGUUGUCUCAGAGAGUCGGCGCUGACUGGCCCCGUUUGUACCUCAUGGAAUCACCGAG